AUGUCAAUGUCCCAACUCAACGUCAAAGUCCCGCGUCCCCAUAUGCAUCUCGACGUCCAACGUCUACCUCCCAAGCCCCACGUCCCAUCUUCCACAUACUGCUCCCCGCCAAUGCCGUACCCUGGUACAGAACAGCAUAAGCCACAAAAGAAAGAAGCAGACGCCCUCACCUGGCUCCUGAGAACUCUGUGA